AACCAAGAGGUGGAGGAUCUCCAGUUCAGGAAACUUUGGAUCACAUCACUGUUCAUUCAAGGAGGAUGUUCUGCUGACCUCCAGCAGACAGGGGAGCAGUUUGCAGAAGACCUGGAGGAAGUGGGAGCUGGUUUUGCAGGUCUUGCUGGCAACGACGUGUUCCGCUGCGCUGCAGGUGCCAUUGAUGGAUGCCACAUUCGGAUUCUUCCUCCUGCUGAACCACAGAAGAAAUCAUGUGUACAUUGGAAACACAGGUUCAGUGCACGAUGCACUGGUCCUGCGAAGGUCCCCAAUGUACAAGCAAGUCCUUUAUCCACCAGCUGGUUUCUUUCUUUUGGGAGAUGGUGGAUACCACUGUCUGCAGCAUCCAGUCUGCAUGAUGACCCCCUAUCGACAGCCUGUGCGCAACAGAGUGGAACAACAAUAUAACAGGCACCAUGCCAAAGCCAGAAGCAUCAUUGAGCGCUCCUUCGGAAUGCUUGAAACACGGUGGCGCUCCAUCUUUCUGUGGGCACUUGAGAUCCGCCCUGUCUUUGCGCCCACAGUUGUUGCAGCGUGCUGCAUUCUCCACAACAUCUGUAAAGCAGCAGAUGACCUUCUGGCUGAAGAGGUGGUAGAUGGUCCUGAAGACGGUGAUGAUGGAGUGGAGGACAUGCCUUUGAAUGCAGAUCAAGGACUGUCUGGCAACAACAUUCGGGCCAGACUUGCAGCCCAACUCUGCCCCUGCAGCACUGCCUGCUUUUCUGAAUGAACAUGAUUACAUCUGAGUCCAUCCCACAUGUCCCAUGUUCAUUACAACACCCAAAUGUUAGGCAAAAAUAUAGAAAUACUUUCUAUAA